AUGGUCUUCGAAGGGCUGAGCUUCGAAGCCAGUGCUCAUCCUGGCGCUUCAUCCGAACUUAAGGCCUUCUCUCAAGCAUGGGAUGGUAAAACUAGGCGCCUGAAGUCGAGAAAACGAAUGGGGAGAGAACGGGAGAAGCGUCGUCGCCUCGUAGCCUAUGCCGGUAAAGGUAGUUCCCAUGGCUAUUACAAUCGUGCCUUGAAGAUACUUCAGCGGACUACAGUCAAGUAG